GGGGUCAGCAGGCUGUGAGGAAGAGGAUGAAGCUGCAGGGAGGAAGCCACACACACGCAGAAGCUUCCGCAGAUAUCUUCAUGAGGACGCCUCAUUCAUUUCCAUUCACUGGGGACAGAGCCGGCCCAGGCUGACACCGGGCCCAGGACCAGAACCGGGUCAUAGACUCACGCCCAUCUGUGGCUCCCAAAGCAAUAUUUCCCAGGAUCUUUUUUCUGAGCCAGUCUACGGGUGGAGGCGCCAUCUUGAAAGACGAAAAUUGUUGCGAAAAACGGCUUAAAGGUUAAAAGCGGCAGGAUGUUGUACCUGGAAGACUACCUGGAGAUGAUCGAGCAGCUUCCCAUGGACCUCCGCGACAGGUUUACGGAAAUGAGGGAGAUGGACCUGCAGGUUCAGAACGCCACGGACCAGCUGGAGCAGAAGGUCACGGAGUUUUUCACCAACGCCAAGAAGAACAAGGCCGAGUGGAGAGAGGAGCAGAUGGAGAUCAUCAAGAAGGAUUACUACAAAGCUCUAGAAGACGCAGAUGAGAAGGUCCAGCUGGCCAACCAGAUCUAUGACCUGGUGGACCGACACCUGAGGAAACUGGACCAGGAGCUGGCCAAGUUCAAGAUGGAGCUGGAGGCGGACAACGCCGGCAUCACGGAGGUCCUGGAGAGACGGUCUCUGGAGAUGGACAGCCCGUCCCAGCCCGUCAACAACCAUCACGUCCACUCCCACAGCGGCCCUGAGAAGAGGAAGUACAGCGCGCCGACCCACCACACCACAGAACACGUUCCUGAGAAGAAGUUUAAAUCUGAAGCUCUGCUGUCCACCCUCACGUCAGACGCCUCCAAGGAGAACACGCCCGGUUGCCGUAGCAACAGCACGUCUUCGUCCUCCGCCGCCGUCUACAGCGUCAACUCCUCCCAGCCGCUGGCCUCCUACAGCCUGGGCUCCCUGUCCGCCGGGCCCGGUACCGGCGCCGGCGCCAUCACCAUGGCCGCCGCCCAGGCCGUCCAGGCCACGGCCCAGAUGAAGGAGGGCAGGCGGACCUCCAGCCUGAAGGCGAGCUACGAGGCCAUCAAGAACAACGACUUCCAGCUGGGCCGGGAGUUCUCUCUGUCCCGGGAGAACGCGGGCUACUCGUCCUCCGCCCUGGCCUCCACCCUGACCCAGACCCUGGCCCCCGCCCCCCCCGCCUCCGACUCCAGGGGCCGCAAGUCCAAGAGCAGCAUCAAGUCUUCCAACCACCAGUCGUCCUCCUCCUCCUCGUCUUCGUCGCUGUCUUCCUGCUCCUCUUCCUCGGCGCUGGCCCAGGAGCUCUCCCAGCAGGCGGCGGUUCUGCCCGAGGCCGACGCCGGCAGCCAGGUGGACUGGACCUACGACCCCAACGAGCCCCGUUACUGCAUCUGCAACCAGGUUUCCUACGGAGAGAUGGUCGGCUGCGACAACACAGACUGUCCCAUCGAGUGGUUCCACUACGGCUGUGUGGGUCUCACCGAGGCCCCCAAAGGGAAGUGGUUCUGCCCGCAGUGCACGGCCGCCAUGAAGAGGCGGGGCAGCCGCCACAAAUAGGCCGCCAGCUUUUAUCGUUUCCUCCGACGUUCUCCAGAGUCCAGGAAGUGAAACCGUUUCCCAGCAGGCCGUGCUCUCCUCACUCCACCUAUAAAACUACAAACUGUUCUGGACUACAACUACGGCAGCCUGUGUGGUUUCUGUGAAUGUAUGGAGCGUCUGCAGCUCCGCUUUGUCCCUGAUAAUAAACUGAGGAUGUUUUCUAAC